AUGCUGGGGGAACUAAUCUUACUUUUUAGGAGUCUCCAUGGGAUACUUUCCUCCACAGGCACCAUGGGAGCAGUGGCAGCUUGGCUGAUGGGCUACAAGCCAGUCUUGUUCGGGUUCCUAUUUCUUCUGCUGUUGCUUAGCAACUGGCUGGUCAAACAUGAAGGGAAGCCCACCCCCCCAGAGCCCUGCAAGGAGGAGGCAAAGAAACCAAAGACUUCCGAAGACAAGGCCAAGAACAACAAGGCCGUGAACACGAAAGAAAUGGAGAGAAUUCAGGCCUGCUUAGCCCUCCAGGACAAGUUCCUUGAACGGCUUUUGUUAAAUGAAAUGAAGCUGAAGGUCUUAGAAAAUCAGAUGUUCAUCCUCUGGAAUAAGAAGAGUCACCACAGGCGGUCAAGCAGACAGCGAAGUUUUCCUAUGAGGAAACACAGGACCAGGAGGCAUGAGUCGACUUGCUCCACCCUCUCUGAUUUCACUUCCUAUUCCCCCACCUGA